UCUUAAUAAAUGAAGGAAUCAUUAUGAGGACGACAAAGUGGUCGUCGUUCUUUCUAUGCCAGCGAAAAUGGCGGAAUGUUCGAUUCUCAUAUCACCAAUGGUUUUGGAUCCAUGUUAUUGUUGGACAAUUACGCGAACGAAUGAAGGUUGGAUCUUUCUGGAGUUGAGACGCAAAAAGUGUUUACUUGUUUUGGUUCGUUGAAUUGAGAUUGUCUGUUGCUAUGUACCCAUUGGAAUUUGGAUACAGAGAAUAAAGGAAGCAGUUAAGAGAAUGCAAAUCUUUGUUUGUUGAAGUGCUGGUUGGUUGAUCAGGAGAAAGAUAUGGAUUCAGCUAGGAGUUGGUUCAACAAGUUUCAACCUCGCGACAAAUUAAGGUCUUCAACAAGAAAGAAGGAAGGGACUGAUAAUGGAAAAGAUGCAUCAAAGCCACCCACAAGUGAAGAAGCACCUUCGAAUGUAACAAAGCAGAAGGUUGCAGCAGCAAAGCAGUAUAUAGAAAACCAUUACAAGGAGCAGAUGAAGAACCUACAGGAGAGGAAAGAGCGACGCAAUAUACUGGAGAAAACAUUGGCUGAUGCUGAGGUGUCUGAGGAAGAGCAAAGCAACCUACUAAAGCACUUAGAGAAGAAGGAAACCGAGUACAUGCGCCUUCAGAGGCAUAAAAUGGGUGUUGAUGAUUUUGAGUUACUGACUAUGAUAGGAAAGGGUGCAUUCGGGGAGGUCAGAGUCUGUAGGGAGAAAUCAACAAGACAUGUUUAUGCAAUGAAAAAGCUAAAGAAGUCAGAGAUGCUUCGUAGAGGCCAGGUUGAACAUGUUAAGGCUGAACGAAAUCUACUUGCGGAGGUUGAUAGCAAUUGCAUUGUGAAACUUUAUUGUUCUUUCCAAGAUGACGAGUUUUUGUACCUCAUAAUGGAAUAUCUACCUGGUGGAGAUAUGAUGACAUUACUUAUGAGGAAGGAUAUCUUGACUGAAGAUGAGGCUAGAUUUUAUGUAGGAGAAACAGUUUUGGCAAUUGAGUCUAUCCAUAAACAUAAUUACAUCCAUAGAGAUAUCAAGCCUGAUAAUUUGUUGCUCGAUAGAUAUGGUCACAUGAAGCUGUCAGACUUUGGGCUAUGUAAGCCAUUAGACUGCAGUACUCUGCAUGAAAACGACUUUUCUAUGGGACUUAGUCGUAAUGCGUCACAGACUGAUAAUCGGCCUGCUGCACCGAAGCGCACGCAACAGGAGCAACUACAACAUUGGCAGAGGAACAGAAGAAUGCUAGCAUAUUCUACUGUUGGUACACCUGACUAUAUUGCUCCAGAAGUUUUACUGAAGAAGGGUUAUGGAAUGGAAUGUGAUUGGUGGUCACUUGGAGCUAUCAUGUAUGAAAUGCUUGUGGGAUAUCCUCCAUUUUAUUCUGAUGAACCUAUGUCAACAUGUCGGAAGAUUGUGAAUUGGAGAAAUCAUUUAAAAUUUCCUGAGGAGGCAAAGCUAUCCCCAGAAGCUACAGACCUCAUCAAUAAACUUUUAUGUAAUGUUGACCAGAGGCUUGGAACAAAGGGCGCAGAUGAAAUAAAGGAUCACCCAUGGUUUGAAGGUCUUCAGUGGGACAGACUACAUCAAAUGGAAGCUGCAUUUAUUCCAGAGGUCAAUGACGAGUUGGAUACUCAAAACUUUGAGAAGUUUGAAGAGUCUGAUAACCAGAAUCAAACUUCAUCAAAGUCAGGCCCAUGGAGAAGGAUGCUCUCAUCAAAGGAUGUCAAUUUUGUUGGCUACACAUAUAAGAACUUUGAAAUUGUCAGUGAUCAUGAAGUUCCUGGGAUUGCUGAACUUAAGAAGAAGACCACAAAAAUCAAGAGACCAUCUAUCAAAUCCCUCUUCGAUGAUGAGUCUACUAAGCAGCCUGUACAGGGAAGCUUUUUAAAGCUCUUACCUCCACAGCUGGAAGUCUCUCAAAACCAAAGUGAGUCUCCAUGAACUCUGCAAAACCCGCUCCGCUACAUCAAACAGCCAAGGAGUUCCAUCCAACAGAUUCAAAUCCGGGUGAAUUUGUGUUAUGAUAUAUGGUGCCUUUUUUUUGGCUUCAAGGUAUCAUGGGUGACUAUUCUGGCUGGUGCUUGGGCUCUUUCAAAAUGAAAGUUUGAGGGCCACAGAGAGGGUGGGUGGGUUAUGGCCCUGUCUCUGCUUAGGUGGGGGCUUUGUAAAAAUUUGCUAUUGAAUGGUAAAUAUCAAUUCUUUUACUACUGUACCCCUUUUCAGAUGAUUGCAGAAAUGCCUUUGUAAGUGUAAAA